UUGACGUUUUACCGGGUCUUAGGAAUGUUAUUGAUUCACAAAACAUGUUGUCGAAAUACCCAACCAGCAAAUCAAAAAACCAAACACUCCAGUCAGUACUACUCUAAUACAGCGAUGUUGAUGUCCAGAUGACGUAUGGGUAAAUCCCACAUUUCAUUCAUACCAAUUUUAUUACUAGAAGCGCAAUUAUUCACCUCACGCACUUACAAGGAGGUCCAUAGUCUUACUAUUCCUCAGUUAAUUAUUAUAGAAUCGUGAAAAUGGGGUUUGGAGAGUCAAAAGAAGUGAUAAAAUACUAUAGAAAUGAUUGUGACGACCAGAGGUCAUCAAAUGUUGAGAUGUACAAGAAAAUCAAACCCCAAAUAAUCGACGAAUUCCUAGCCCAUAUUAUCCAAUGGAGACCAGAAUGGUUGACCAAUCCGGAAUACAAUACAGAAUCGCCACGAAUCCUAGAUCCCGUACCAGUGGUAUCAACAUCAUUGUGUUACGAAAAUUUUGAUGAUUAUGUUGAAGCAAUGUUUCCACUUCUGCUCCUGGAAUUUUGGCAUGUCCUCAAAAAAGAUCUUGAGACCAGAAAAGUCGUGUCUGAUGAGAAAGGAAACGUGAAGAGCAGAGAUAUAAAAGAAGAGGAUAAAAAAACUUCUUCCAUGGAACGAAGGGCAUCAGUUGAUCUUGUUACAAUUUCUCAUGAUAAUAAAGAUCAGACUUCGAUCCUGACAUUGAUUACGUGCAAUGGACACAGUGACAUUGAUCCAAUUCGAGGGGAUCUCGUAAAAUUCGAAUGGAAUCGAGAACAGGUAUUUGGAUAUGUCGAGGAGGAUGAGACGUUGCAAACAUAUGAGCAUUUAGGUCUUUCAGGAAAGUUCAAAAUAAAAACUAGGCGAUUGAAACAUUUCUCUCUAAAGAGAAAUUUCCUGGUGACUACAGUUUUGUCAGUGUCGCCUUAUCUGAGAUUUGUUAAGGCAAUGCAGGAUCUGCCAAGGUCUUGUCUUUUUGACACAGUAAUGAAGCCCAGGGUUGAGGAUUACGAGAUCGCCGAUGCCCUUCGUACCAGUGUCUUUCCCUUGAUCACAGGGCACGUGCUCAAUCACAAGCAGAUGGAUAUCGUUGCGAGAGUUGUCGCAACCGCCACUGAGCAAGCUCCGAAGAUUUGCUUGAUUCAGGGGCCUCCGGGGACUGGAAAAUCCAAAGUCAUUCUCAAUAUUAUUUGCGAGAUUCUGAACAAGAAGUCUACUAAAAUUCUACUGUGUGCUCCAUCCAAUCGAGCUAUUGAUGAACUCGUGGGAAAUUUUCUUACCGUCCAGAAGGCGAAUAAAAAUCUCAAGCAUUUUUCGAUUGUUCGAGUCGGAUGUAUCGAUAAAAUGGGGGAUGAGGUCCAAGAAGUGACACUCCCACAUCUCGCGCAGAUGUCAGAAUUAAAGUCCGAAAAAAGGAAAUCUAAAGAUGACAUUCUGCGAACAUCUGACGUAAUUGCCACAACUUUGUCUUCGUCUUAUUCAUUCCAAAUGGAAAGAAUCUUUGAGAAUGAUGAUAUACCAGUGUGCAUCGUGGACGAGGCAGCCCAAUCAACAGAACUAGGAACUUUGAUCCCUCUGAUGCUUGGGGUACGCACUCUGAUCCUCGUGGGGGAUCCAAAGCAAUUACCUCCCACAGUACUAUCGCCGCAAGCCAAAUUUCAUGGCUUCGACAAGUCUCUGUUCUACCGGGCUAAGGAAAACUUCGACCUCCAACAAGGUAACCCAAUCCUGAUGCUUGAUACCCAGUACAGAAUGGUGGAAGAUAUUGUCAGCUGGCCCAACAAUUUCUUCUACCAAGGCAGAUUAAAGACUGGAUCCAGCGUUCCUUCAUUGCCAUUUCACAACUAUAAACUCCUCCAUCACUCCUCCCACCAAAAUCAGACAGAUUUUAAUCACGGAGAAGCUCAAUUGGUUGUGAAUUUAAUAAUGGGACUGUCAAUGGAAAUUGUCAAGAAUCCUGCCAACGAGGAUGUCAGUAUUGGAAUUAUAACUCCGUAUCGAAGGCAGAGGGAAGUGAUUCUGAAUUUAUUGAAGUUUCGCUGUAAGAGGUAUGCGCCUGCUAUAAAGAUUGUUACGAUUCCUAAACCAAAAGAUCUCGAUAAUAAUUUUGAUGGAAAGAAGGCCCCGAAAGAAGGAAUAAAUAAUUCAAAUACUGUUCAAAUACCUGAUGGGAGUGACUUCGAGGACUGGGAGGAGCUGCUCCUGGCAGAAUCUCAGGAAGAGGAAGCUGGUGUGCAAAAAGAAGCGCUGAAGGGACGAAGGGGUAGGAAGUCUGAGCGCAAAAUUGAGGAAAAAACGGGAAAAGAAAGAAUAAUUAUCGAAGGAGAGGAAGAAUUAAAUUCUCUGUGCUCAGCACUGAAAUCAGUGCAACUACAAGAUACCCGGAAGAAGGAUAAAAAUGAAGAGGAAUUGGAGAAACCAAAUGACGGGAAAUCUCAUGAGAAAAUUGAAGGACAAGAGGAAGAAGAGAGAAUAGUGGUCCAAGGAGAAGACGAAUUAAAUUCUGUGUCCUCCAGACUAAAAGUACUAUCAGUGCAACCUAUCCCGAACAAGACACAGAAAGAGGCGUCGAAGAGACGAAAUUUUCAAAAAACGAAAAGGAUGGAAAAGGAAGCGGAAGUGAUGGAAUACAUUACAAUAGAAGUAAUGGAAAAACCGAGUCCCUUGUACUUGAAAUUAAAAUCAAUUCAAGUGAACACGGUGGACAGCUUCCAGGGCCAGGAACGUGAUAUCAUUGUCAUGUCCUGUGUCAGGAGCAAAGGCAUUGGAUUUGUUAAUGAUCCUAACAGACUUUGUGUGAGUCUGACGAGGGCAAAGCACACUAUGCUGCUUUGUGGUAAUUUUGGUACCUUUAAAAAGAAUGCUAUGUGGAAGGCACUUCUGAGAGAUGCUACCUCUCGUAAUGCUUCUGUCGAGAUAAAUGCCAAUGCUAGUAUUGCUAAUAUUAUGAAGCAUGUGAUUGCUGAGAAGAGUCAGGACGACAAAGAUAUAUUUUUAUGGUGAAAAUUCACUUUGCGGUUGAUUUUCAAGGUUUACGUUUAUGUUCGUUUCUACUUUUUCAAGGUAAGCAUUUGCCUGAUAAUUGAUAUUCCUCAUGAUGAUAUUGAUCUUUAUUAUUGAUAAUGACGUGAUUAUUACUGUGAACAUUGUGAUCAGAUAAAUAAAAUUACUA